CUCCGCCUCCUGCCUCAGACCUUCCUGCUGACUAGAAGCACAUGACCGGGCGUGUUUACACCUGCAGCCGCACAAACACACGGCGCUGACGCUGACAGGGACAGGGACGCCUAUUGUUUAAACCCGGGUAGGAAGCAACGCGUCGUGAGAGGGUAUUGUUCAGCAGACGCUCACUGGGACUCGCUCCAGGCAGUCUCUCUGCCCAUCUGUACCCCAGGAGGGAAGCUACAUCCUCAGCCACAGGCUCCAGGAAGCCAGCCCUCUUGCUGUCCACCAUGGACGAGACAGAUGUGGAACAGGUGACCCUGGCUCUACUAGAUGCGGCCACCGAUAAAGACUCUGAGGUUCAGGAACAGGUCCGAAAGUCUAUGUUGACCCUGGGAAAACAGCAGCCAGAUAGAGUGUUGGCCAUGUGUCAGGAUUACCUUCUCAAGCACCCAAAGUUGGUAGUGACCCACAGAGUUGUGAUUCUUCAGACUAUUGAGCUGAUUGUGGGCUGCAAGAUAGAAGAUAUCAGUUACCCCAGGAUAAAGAGCAUCAUCUCCUUGGCCUCAGAUGAAAUGACACGCUCAAAGGAUGUCAUCCCUGAUUGGCAGCAGGCAGCCAGUAAUAUCUUGGUUGCUGUGGGUAACAAGCACAUCAACGACAUCAUGGAGGAGAUACUAAGCAAGUUUCAGCCAGGGCUCUUACCUCACUUCUUUGUGGUCCAGACUCUAGCAAACCUUUCCGACUCCAACGUUUAUGGCAUGGUACCCUUCCUGAAUGCUAUUCUCGGCACCAUGUUGCCCAUGUUGAGUAUGGCCAAACAGGACAACAUGAAGUGGGUCUUCUCCUCUGCUCUGUGUCAUUUCAGCGACAGUAUCUUGGAGUACCUCGCCAACUUGGACAAGGCUCCAGAUCCCACUGUUAGAAAAGACACGUUCUCCAGUGAAAUCUACGCUGCUUUCGACAUCCUCUUCAAUAACUGGUUACAAAGCAGAGAGUCCAAGUUGAGACUAACGGUCGCUGAGGCCGUGGGCUCUAUGUGCCAUCUGAUGGCCAGUGAUAAACUGGAGGAGCAGAUUCCUAAACUUAUUCCUGCCAUCUUGUCCUUGUACAAGAAAAACAAUGAGCACUAUGUCAUUAGCAAGAGUCUGUGCCAAGUGCUUGAUGCAUCUGUCAACAUGGGCAGUAGGGUGCUGGAGACACAACUGGACAGUCUACUCUUUGCACUGCAUCAUCAGGUGUCUGUCCCUGUUGAUUAUAGUAACCCUCCAACUAUCAAGAACCACAACGAGGUCCUACGCUGCUUCAGUUUACUAGCUAACUCAUUCCCGGACCGACUGGUUUUGUUUGUUCUUCAGAAGAUGGAGAACAGUAAUGAGCGAAGCAGAGUGGGCUCCCUGGCUGUCCUUCGUCACCUUAUCAACUCCACCACUUCCACAAUGGAGAGUAAGAAGCUGCUAAUUGUGGCCAGCAUCAGACAACCGAUGGCUGACCACAGCAACAAGGUCAAGAAGCAUGUGGUCCAGGUGAUCAGUGCGAUGGCUCAUCACGGCUAUCUGGAGUUAGAGGGAGGGGAGUUAUUGGUUCGAUUCAUAGUUCAACACUGUGCCUUACAUGACACAUAUCAGCGAGGCCAGAGGCCCACAGAUCCAGAGGAGGUGACUAAUGAGGCACUGAGGAUGAUGUGUGACAACACCCUUCAUCUGCUGACCACCACCGUCGGACGACUAGCUGAUGUGCUGUGGCCAAAGCUGCUGUAUUACCUGACCCCUCCACAGUACAGCAAUGCCACCACUCCUCUGUGUAAGAGUCUGAUAGUGCUGGGCAACAAGAAGAAAAAUAACCAGGAGCCCAGCUUCAACAUCGACUUUACUCAGGAAGUCAAUCUGCCGUCCCCUCAAACACUAAUGGUCAGACUGCUGGUGAAUGCAGCAUUCCCGUUCAAUUCCAGAGGUCAUGGAGCUCCGUCCCUCUCUCUCCUUCAAAUCCUCAGUGUCAGCAUUCACCCUAAUACAGAGAUACUCUGGGAGAAAGAGAUACCUCCUCUGCUAACAGUGCUUGAGGAGUCAUCGGCAGAGAGCCUUGAUAGGAAGCACUGGAAUGAAAAGCUGCUGAAGCUCUUGUCUAAAACCCUGGCUACUAUCGAUGAUGACAAGUGGGUUUGUCGCUUGGCAGCUGAGGCAACAAGGUACCUUUCCACGUAUAACAACGCCUUAGAGGAGAAGAGCUUCCUGUAUCAAUGCAUAGGAGUAACUCUCCAACAGUGUUUCAAUAAGGAGGUGGUUAAAAAACAGCUGCAGGAAAUCCUCCUCACAGCGCGACACAAUGACGCCGUCGAAAGAGAAGGAGUUGCAAUGGGUGUCGGUCUGUGUGCUAACAGCCACUUAGAGGGAACUUUGGCCAAGUUGGAUGAAUUCGGCAAGUCAGACGCCUUCAAGAAGUCACCAAGCAUCUUCAACCUUCUCAAAGAGCGUAAUGAUGUGGAGGUAGAGAAGGUGAAAAGCACAUUAAUCUUGUGUUAUGGUCAAGUGGCUUUGAAUGCACCUCCAGAAAAGAUACUGAAUCGUAUUGAUCAAGACAUCCUUCGCUCCAUCAGUAAACACUUCAAUACCAAGGUUCUGGGGAUUAAAGUAGAGACAAAGGACCUGACUAUGAAGCUCAGCUUGAUCCAGAGUGUCGGGCUCAUAGCUAAAGCCAUCAGCGAGUGUGUGAAGAAACAAGGCUACAUCUUCUCUCGCAAACAGGAGCUCAUUAAUGUUAUGCUGGAUUUUAUCAAGGCAGAGCCAGCUGAUUCUUUGAGGACUCCGGUACGCCAUCUUGUGAUGAUCACCUGUGCCAACCUAAUGCCUCUGGACCCUCCACUGAGUGAGAAUGAGAGCUUUGACCUGUUAAAAGUGUGUGUGAACAGUGUGUUCUCUCUGCCACCCGAGACACACACUCCAGAGAAAACUAAAGAAGAGGAGAUACUGGACCCCAAACAGAGAAAGACAUUAUACAAAGACACGCUGGCUGCACUGCACGAGCUGAUGAAAAGUUUACUGGCCGGGGAUCCCACACCUGAGGGCUUGCAGAGUGUCUUCAAGCACAUUGAAACAUGGUUGAGUUCAGUACAGGACCACGAGAGAGAGAGAGCUGUCACAGCCACUGCUCACAUACUGACUUACUACCUGGAUAUCCUGACUGUCAAGAACAUGGUGUCUUUCCACAACCUUGGAGCUCUGCUGGGUCGACUGUCUCCACGGUGUUCUGACCCUCACCCUGCUGUACGCAUUGCUGCUGUCGACUGUAUAUACACCCUGCUUUACAUACAGCUACGCUAUGAAGGUUUCGCCCUGGAUUAUAAGGAUGAAGCUGUGGACAGUCUGGUGGCCCUGAAAGACCAACUAGAAAAUCCGGACCACUCAGUUCUAUAUAAGACCUGCUCAGACCUCACCAAGGUGAUGAGUAAGCGUCUGCCGCAGCAGCAGCUGACGACGUUGGUGUUCAUGCUGUUUGAAGGUCUGGUUGACAGUCAGACAAACUGCUGCAGAGCUUCAUCUGUCAUCCUUAAUACUCUGCUGAAGAACAGAGGAGGAGGACUACAAGAGCUGGUCCCAGAGAUGCUGGAGGUGCUACACGUGCGUUUGCAGAGCAUCACAGAGGAGCAGGUGAGAGUGGCUGCGGGACAGACGGUACUAAUACUGGCUUCUCAGCAUCUACAGACUGUUGUCAAUACACUAGUUAAUCAACCACUUCCUCAUGACAGCUGGACCAGUGAGAUGUGGAUGGCCCUGGGAUCAGAUCCCAUUGUGGCCAAUCAGAUCAUGGAGAUGGUGAUGGAGAAGCUUCUCAUCCUGGCGCCCUACGUAGACAAAAAGGAGUCAAUGAUCAGAGGCGGGACGACAAAGGUCGCAACCAAUCAGCCACUGGCUAUGACAUGUGGUCUCAAAGAACUUUUAUUGAAUGGGCAGAGUCAGGAGCCAGCAGUCAGUCUGUUUCCUCAGCUCUUCUCAUGUCUCACUGUCAGACUGGGAGCAAGUGUCGGGGUCUCAGCACCGAAGGACAACAACACUAAACAUGCUGCCUCUGUCCAUGUAGCAGGGGUAGCAGCUGAUGCCCUGCGAAUCCUGUUAGCACGAGCCCAGUUAGAUGAGGUGACGAAAAGACUGGAUGAAGAAAAUGCCUGGGAUGCAAUAAAGGAAGAGAACACCCACAUUACUGGUGUUACACUACUGGCAAGGGCAAUGUCAAAGCAUGCUGGUCCCAGAUUGCCUGCCAUCGUGGAGUGUCUAUGUCCCUCCUUGAACAACAUCUACGAAUGCCAGAGAAUUACCGUCACUGCUUUCUUCUCUGAGCUCUUGAACCAUCACGUGGUGACAGAGUUGAUGUUGAUAGAUGUGUUGAUGAACAACAUGAUGGAGAGGAUAUCAGACCCCUGUUGCACAGUCCGCAUGUUGGCUGUGCGGGGGCUGGGCAAUAUAGCCAUGGGAUCACCUGAAAAGGUGAAUAAAUAUGCCAAGGAGCUGCUGGCAGCCAUGAGUUCAGGCAUGGAGGAGAAAGAUGAUCCAGGUAAGCUGAUUACGCUUGAAGCCAUGUCGGGUCUUUCUAAAGUGCUCCUCUAUCUGGACAAGAAGAAUGUCCACUUAUUGGUGGUCUAUAUCUUCAUGAAGAUUAAACCAUUCUUGGAAAGUGAGAAUGAUGAGAUACGCUGUGCUUCCAUCCAUCUAAUGGGGAACCUGUCCAAGUUUGGUUCAGGAGAGCCGGUGUUCAAAGACCAGAUCCACAAUGUUCUGGUCAGCCUGCUGCUACACCUGGUUGACCCAAACCCACAGGUGGUCAAGGCAUGUAAGUAUGCAAUGCGAGUGUGUGCUCCUGUGGUGGGAUCAGAGCAGAUCACAGCCAUGUUUCAAAACCACCUUCACGAUGACAAGAGCUUGCACUACGGAGAGUUCAUCAACGACCUCACCAAGUACCUGAUUCAGGACUUUCCUGGUAUGCUGAACUUUUAUCACAUCUCAGUCAUCCAGUUCUUCAAGAGCAACUGGCCUGAGGUCAGAGCGGGAGCCGCCAUGUUUAUAGGGUUUCUGUUGGGGAAUCUUCCAGAGGAGCAUUUCUCCCACCUCAACAUGAAUACCAUCACUAAAGGUUUAGUGAUGUUGCUCCAAGAUCCAGAUCCUGUGGUAAGAGUGAAGGCUGCUGAAGCCAUGGGACGUUUUCAUUGACACACACCGGACAAAAACCUACAUACAAAUCAUGAGUGUUUCCUUCAAUUAGUGAUACGUAAGGAAUAAAAAAGUAAGGAAUAUUCGUGUGUCAUCAUCCACACGGUUUCUAAAAGCAUUUAAAUGCGCAGUCAUUGUAUUUAAUUAAUGCAGUUAAAAACCAAAAACAGGGACCAAAAGAGUAACAUGUGUUGAGCCAGAAGACAAGCUGUCAGAUUUACCAGUGAUACAAAAUCAUAAAAAAAUAUACACUGAUAAUACACAUUCAUACACACAAACACACACAUAUUUAGCCUUUUGCAGCUUUCUUUAGCUUCUUUUGACACUCGGCUGUGGUACUUUAAGGAAGUCUUAAUUCUUAACUAUAUUUUAGUGACCAAAGACUGUGUUGCUCUUUACAGAUAGACAUCAUCUGUAGCGUUUAGCAUGUGUGAGUGUGACAUAUACUGUGUUCUAUCAAUGAAAUAUAUCGUGUAAGAUGUUUCUAAUACAAAGGUUAAAAACACAUUUGAACUUGAGUAAGAAGAUUUUUUUUUUUAGAAUAAAGAUAGUUUCUUCAAAUAUUAUGUGCAAAUGAUAAUAAUGAUGCACAUCUGAAGUUCACAUGACUCUGGCUAGUACAGAGCUAAAGUGUGUGUGUGUAGUCAUACCAGCAUUUUGUGACAGUGUUGUGGAGUUUAUUUUCGAACCAUUUAAUUGAGAGAUUGUUCUAAUGUAGUCAGCUCAGUUUGAUUAACCUGGUAUCCUUCUUUUCUUCUUUGAAGAAUUAAUGUGUCUUCAGUAAGUCUUUGAUAGAAAAAAGCAAGAACUACAGCAGAACUUGAAGGUUUGUAGUGGUGUGUUAGCGAUACAGGAUGGUUACAGUCUCAUUGCUGUCCAGUAGCCCAAAUCAUACAGCAAUAACCAACUUUUACUUUUCACUUUUAUAAUCUCUAACUGGAAGACUUGUGCUGACUAAUAGUCCUGAUUUUGGAGCUGUACUGAAGCAGCAGUUCACAACAUGUUCCGUAAAGUGAGUUUAUCCAUCUACUGCAAAGUGUUUAAACACAUGGACUAAUUAGUAAAUUACUGCCACCGCUACAGCUAAAUGUCCACUCUGGGCACUUGAUGUACCAGUUUCUUUGGUCUGCCUAAGACGGCUGCUUUUACCACUGUCUGUUUCAUCUGCACAUAAUUUAUGAUUCAAUUUCACAAUAUGGGCCACAAGUGUGUUCAGCCAGGCCCUGUAUGGACAUUAAUUAACACAAGAGCAUUGUCUGGCAUCCUGUAGCAGCAGUCAUGAACAGACCGGUUCAGACUUGUUUUAAUGCGGUGACCAUUUUCUUUUUAUUCACGCUUUGCACCGUCAUAUAAGACGUUAUUUUGUGUUAGUCAGGCUAAACUUGCAGAACUAACUCUCUGAACCAGCUACCUUCAGCCAAUCAAACAAUUACUUACAGUGUUGUUAGGCAGAACGGACCACGCUGAAUACAGUUGUGCCAAAUAUACAUGGAUAACAUAUAUUAUAAAAGCACUAUGUAGUUCGUGGUUUUUGAAUGCACUUAAUAUUGUGUCAUUAAUCCAUAAAAUGUUGGAGUACAGUUGUGGAUUUGCAGGUAUCUUACUAUGAUGUAAAUAUGUGUGAAUGUUGUAUUAUGUGAGGAUGUCUCUACAUGAAACUUCAAUAUUUCAUCAAAUUCAAAUUCAAUUGUUCAAAUUCAAAUAGCAACAAGGAGGGAUACAAAAUCAAAACCAAGGAGGGAUACAAAAUAAUCCAUUAUGUGUCUUCUUUUGAAUUAAUUUGAUGACAGAGUCAGCUGAAAGCAAUACGUUUGUUCUAGAAUAAAUGAUUAAAUGUGUCCAUCUUCAAUAUUUUCGUUGCACUUCUCCGUCAUGUAGUCCCUGCUUUGAGAACCAAAAAAACAAACUCGGACCUGAACCUGUUUGGCGUAUUCACUACUGAAUUUAUAUUAAUUUUAAUUUCAAAAGUAACAUGGAAACAUUUUUGCUGUUUUCAGUUAUUGGUUUUUGGUUAUUUCAAGUGUAACAUGAAGACAAAUGUUUCUUUGUGGGUAGAACACACACAAAAAUGUUUUUUUUUUAAAUGUGUCAUAAAGGUCUGCUCCUGAAUCUGUAUUUGUUGACCUUCUACAAUCGGGGACUCUUGGCUUCUAGCACUUUCUAACACUAUGGCUUGGUUUGGGGUGAAUGGUAAAUGGUAAUUAGCAUUAUUUUCCAAUCUAAAAGUUGAUUUUUUUUCCCAUGUCAUCUACCUGUUUUUUUUUUGUUGUUUUUUUUUUAACAUGUUGAAUGUUGUUGCUGUACAGUAUGUUCCAGUAGGUAUGAAACAUGGAGGUACGGCUUGUCGUGUGAAUGUGUUUAAGUAUGAAUGUGUGCAUGUCACUUUUUUUUUUGUAACUGGACCGGAGGAGAGAUUGGAUGAUGGCAAUCAAUGUAUUUAAAAUGGAGAAAUAAACAGAUCCAUCAAAAA